AUGGCGGAGCCGCGCCGGGUGCCGUUCAUUAGCCUGUCACCCGUGAGGCGCCGUGAGGGCGAGAGCCCAGCGCUGGAGCGGGAGCCGGGGGGCCGCGAGCCCGAGCCGCCCCCCGCGGGCCGCGAGGCGCCGCUGUUGGUGCCGCCGGAGCCGCCGCCGCAGGAGCUCUGCCGGCCGGAGCCGCCGCUGCCGCCCCGCGAGAGCGCCGCCCGCCUGGAGCCGCCCCGUGAGACCUGCCGGCCCGAGCAGCAGCCGCAGCGAGAGCCCCCGCGGCCCGAGCCGCCGCCGCUGCCGCCGCCGUCGCAGCUACCGCCGCCGCCGCGCAGCCGGCAGGAGCCGCCGCCGCCGCAGGAGGCGCUCCCGCUCCGCCAGACGGUCCGCCUGGAGGUGGUGCUGAAGGACCCCACCGAGGAGGGCUGCGUGGAGUUCAGCUACCCGGAGCUGCUGCUGUGCGGGGACUCGCGGAAGAAAUUGGUUCCCUCAGAAGAUCCAUUUAAUGAUGAGCAGCGUGAGCGGCAUGAAGUAGAGAUGCUAGCUAAGAAGUUCGAGGCAAAAUAUGGAGGAAAGCCCCACAAGCACCGGAAGGAUCGCCUGCAGGAUUUGAUUGAUAUAGGCUAUGGUUACGAUGAAACAGACCCUUUCAUUGAUAAUUCUGAAGCGUAUGAUGAAUUGGUUCCUGCAUCUCUAACAACCAAAUAUGGAGGGUUUUAUAUCAACACUGGCACACUGCAGUUCCGCCAGGCAUCUGACUCAGAGGAUGAAGACAUUGCAGAAGACAAAAAGCAUAGGCCACCUAAAAUAGCAAAGUUGAAAGAGAGUGAAGAUCGUGGAAUGAAGAAGCGCAAACGGAAAGAUGAAGGCACAGAAAAGGAGAAGAAACCUCGGAAGAUGAAAGUUCCUAAGCAGUUGGGAGUAAUGGCCUUAAAUUCACACAAGUCUGAAAAGAAGAAGAAGAAACUAUAUAAAGACUCGCUCUCUCUGGCUGCCAUGAUCCGUAAAUUUCAAAAGGAGAAGGAAGCCAUGAGGAAGAAGGAAUCAAGUCCAAAACCUCCAGUGGCUGUUGCAACCUCUACUCCUAGUAAAAUUCCUUCCUCCUCUCUCAGUGCAGGAAACGAUAUCUCUGACUUGAAUCUUAGGAGCAGUGAUCCUGUCCUCUCCAUUUUUGGUAGCACAAAUGAACCUGAGCUCAUGCAAGAAGCUGAAAGUGCCCUGGAGAUGCUGGGAGACAUUGACUUUGACAAGUUGCUUGAUGGCACUUCUGAUGGCAGCCCAGUGUCUGAGCUGUCAGGAGAAAAUGGAAAUGUCACUCAGGCAACCUACACCUCUCAGGUCAUGACACCCAAGCAGGUGCCUGCCCUCCCAGAAGGUCUACCUGUGCUACUUGAAAAGCGCAUUGGGGACCUUCGCACAGCUGCCAAGAUGUUUGAUGAAGAAGGCAGGAAGAAGUUUUUCACGCAAGACAUGAAUAAUAUUCUGCUGGACAUUGAGCUGCAGUUACAGGAGAUAAAUCCUGCCCUCCGCAAUGGAGUGUACUCUCACCUUGAGGCUUUUGUGCCAUGCAAUAAGGACACACUGAUAAAACGUCUGAAGAAGUUACACCUCAAUGUCCAGGAUGACCGCUUGAGAGAACCACUGCAGAAGCUGAAACUGGCUGUCAGUAAUGUCAUGCCUGAACAGUUAUGCAAGUAUCAGGAGGACUGUCAGGCCCGCAGUCAAGCCAAGAAUGCCAAGUCACAAGCGGAAGAUGAACGAGAGAAAAAUGGAUCAGAGGAAGAUGAUGAUGAUAAACCUGGAAAAAGGGUUGUGGGACCUAGAAAGAAGUUUCAUUGGGAUGACACAGUGAGGUCUCUGUUGUGUAAUCUUGUCAAAAUCAAGCUGGGAUGCUAUGAGCUAGAGCCAAAUAGAAGUCAGUCUGCUGAAGAUUACCUCAAAACGUUUAUGGAAACAGAAGUGAAACCACUUUGGCCUAAAGGCUGGAUGCAGGCAAGGAUGCUAUUUAAAGAAAGCCGAAGCGUUCACAAUCACCUCACUUCUGCACCGGCAAAGAAGAAGGUGAUUUUGGCUCCCAAACCCAAAGUGAAGGACUCCAGUCCAAAGAAAGAACAGAAAACGUGCAUGUCUGCAGUCAACUCGAGUUGUGCUGCUGUACUGACUUCCAGCACACCUGUCUGCACCCCAGCCAGCUCUAGCUGCACACCAGCUCCAGAGACCAUCUGCUUGGACGACUCACUGGAUGAAGACCUCUCUUUCCACCCACCAUCACUGGACUCUAUUUCUGAUGCUCUGGCAGUUAUCAAUAAUGGUGCCAAGGGAUCACCUCUUGGAUCCACGAUAGACACACCAACAUCCAGACCUCGCCCUGGACUGAGGGAGGAGAAACUAGCAAGCAUUAUGAGUAAGCUGCCCCUGGCAACUUCAAAGAAAGUAGAGCCCACUCAAACACCCCAUUCAUCAAGUCUUAUUGCUGGUCACACAGGGCCAGUACCAAAGAAACCCCAGGACCUAGUUCACACUGGUAUCUCUUCAGGCCUUAUUGCUGGAUCUUCAAUUCAAAAUCCUAAGGUUUCCUUAGAGCCUUUGCCAGCCAAACUACUUCAGCAAGGACUACAGAGGUCAAGCCAGAUCCAAGCUGCUUCCUCCUCUUCGCAGACUCAUGUUUCUUCCUCUAAGACUCAAGCAGCUAUUUCCACCUCCUCUCAAAGAACCAAGGAUGCUAAUAUCUUGGUAUCAUCUUCUGAGGCUCAAGGUAGUUCUUCCUCAACAUCACAAGUGACAAAGGUGCACCAGCAUUCAGCUGUACAGCAGAAAUACGUAUCUCCUUUACAAGCAACUAUUAGUAAAUCACAGACCAACCCGGUGGUGAAAUUGAGUAGUAACCCCAAACUGUCUUGCUCAUCACCAGUCAUCAAGGCUCAAGACAAGUCUGUUGUGUAUCGCCUGCCUUUGUCAAAUCCCUCAUCUGGAAGUGGCUCUCAAGUGUCUCACCCACUGGUUUCUCGGUCAACAUCCAGCACCUCUACCUCUAGUAACUAUUUAGCCAAGGCUAUGGUGUCACAAGUUUCAUCCCAGGGUUUCAAGCCUCCCUUCUCGAUGGCUCCCUCUCCCAAACCUGCUGCCUCUCCCAAGCCCACUGCAUCUAAACCCUCGGUGACACCUAAGCCCAAUGCAUCACCUAAAUUUUCAUCCAAGUCCACCUCAUCCCCCAGGCCUGCAACAACACCCAGUUCUUCCAGUUCAAGUGCACUAGUUUCCCAGAGUAGUCACUCCAGCAACAACCCCCUCCAUAAACAGACCAGUGGUGUAAAUAUCAGCAGGCAGUCUCCGGCGGUGAAUUUACUGCCCUCUAAUCGCACCUCAGGCCUUCAGCCUGCAAAGAACCCUCAGGCUUCAAAAUUACCCAACUCUUCUCCCUCUGGAACUGUUGGUAAAAACAAUUUGGGUGGAGUUGGAAUGAAUGUACCUGCCAGCAGAGGCAGUAACCUUAACUCAAGUGGAGCUAGUAGGACUAGUCUGUCUGGGGGAGCAGGAAGUGGAACACAGGGUGCUACUAAGCAGUUGUCAACUCCACACAGACCAUCUUCUGCCUCAGGGUCUUCAGUUGUAGCAGCCAGUGUCCAGUCAACAGCAGGAGCAUCCUUACUGGCUAAUGCCUCACCUCUGACUCUCAUGGCAUCACCCCUAUCUGUAACCAGUCAGAAUGUGACAUCUGCACCAUUAACUCCUUUUGGGAUGCUGGGUGGCCUUGUUCCUGUGACCGUGCCCUUCCAGUUUCCCUUGGAGCUGCUUGGCUUUGGGACAGACACAGCUGGAGUGACAACCACCUCGGGAUCUACCUCAGCGGCUUUCCACCACAGCCUAACUCAGAACUUACUGAAGGGUUUACAGCCAGGUGCUCAGCACGCAGCAACGCUGUCUCACUCACCUCUGCCUGCUCACUUGCAGCAAGCUUACACAGAUGGAGGCCAAAGUAAAGGGGACACUAAGUUACAGCGGAAAAACCAGUGACUUCUGGACAAGCAAGGGAGCUGAAGCAGUUCUGGUUGGCUGACAGAAUCUGCCCAGUUGGGAAAGUGCUUAUUGUCACAGGGCUGCUGUUUCUGUCAAUGUUUACAUAUUCUGAUCCCAAGCACUGUGGUGAGAGGAAGAAGAAAAAUAAAACAAUACUUGAUCAAAGAGAGAAGGAAAAGGAGGACUGGUCCUCCUUGGUCAUGCAGACUGGUCAUAGUUUGAUCUUGCCUAAAGAAACAAGCUUUUUAUACCUGCUCUGAUUGGCUUUUAAAAGAAAUUGAUCGUCAAACCCACAGCAGCACAAACUUAUUUUUCUAGGUGAUGUCCAAUGAAGAGUUGAAAGUGAGAGGAGCUAGAAUAGGUUUCUCCAUCCAUUGUGUAAGGUGGAAUCAUCUACUUCAUUAGUGCCCAAAGUGCCCAGUAUAAGAUUGUGUAGGUCCUGAGCGUGCUACGUGGUUGUGGACCAAAGGUUACGUAGAGUAAAGGCGAUGCUGGGAUGCUUUGCAUUAUAAUUAAACCCUUAUACAAAUGCAGUUUCUAGUAUGGACACUUUUCCAACUUUACAAGGCUGUUUGGCUUUAGGGAGCCCUACAGAUGUAUGCAGUCUCAUUAGAGUUGUCUUCAGAACCUUCUAUCUGGUACACUGAGAUGUGAGAGACAGACUACUGGGAAAUCCCUUGCUCCUUGUUCAAUUUUGUUUGUUUGUUUUCUAAAAUAAAUAUUUUAGGGAAGGAAGGGGGUGGAAUAUUUUGCAUUUACAUGAAGAGGAAACUCAUGUUGGUCAGACUAGCAUUUCUUUCCCACUGUUUUUUUUUCCAAGGCACAGUGAUUUUUUUUUUUUCAGUCCUUCCAUUUGUUAAACUUUCUUUUCCUUUGCCUUGUGCUUAUCUGCUACUGAAAUUAAGUGAUGUUCUGUUCAGAUCUCUUUUAAAACACAGCCAGUUCUUUACUCAUUCUAGAUCUUCCUCAUCUUCUCAAAAGCCCAACUCCUCAUCCUCAUCUCCCAAACUUCUCCCAGAAGCCAUGCAUUAUACUUAUUUGCUAGUUCAAGCUCAUCAUGACCUGUUGAAGAGCCAGGUUAAUACUGCCUCAGGCAUUAGCCAAAGAGGAGUCGUUCAGAAGCGACCAGAGGUGCCUUCUCUUCUGGGGGCUGAAUGGGUUGUCUCCAGCAUUUCCAGCCCCUGCUGGCCUGAGGAGUUCCUGAUCUGAACUCUUAUGUGGUAGCACAAGACUGUAGAGCUGGCUUUUUACUUUUUUGUUUCGUUUUUGGGUAGCAGUACAUUAACUGGCUCAUUUGUAAGUUUAGGAAGCACCCAGCACACAUUGCACUUUGACACUAGGACAGAACUUUGCUCUUGAGUCCCUUGCGCUGUCACUUAAAACUGAAAGAAGUCACGGGGGAAGGAGGCAGAUAGGAGUAUGCUUUUCUACCCCAAAACAUUCCUCUAAUUGGAGAUGCUGAAAUUCCUAGGAGCUAGGCUUACCAGCAGUUUGAAUUGAGAUCAAACCAGUGACUAUUGGUUAUCUCACACCUUCCAGAGAGACUUUGACCCAUGGAUAAUGAAUCUUCAGUGGUUUUUACUAGAUUAACUUACAGCUUUCAGGCUUCUUUUACAUGUGAUUUAUUUUUCUUAGAUCAGACAACAAUUUCUUUUCUAUUUAGAGCUCACUUUAAUUUUAUAUAAAUAUAUAUGUGAAUUUAAUAUAUAUUGUGUAUUUAGUAUAAAAAUGUUGGGUUGAGCUCAGCAAUAAAUGUCUUUGCACAACACUUCCGUGGAAGUCAAAUUGAAUUAAAAUAAGAUGCAUUAGUUCAUUAAUUUCACUCCACAGCAUCUGUCAAUUAAAUGCUUUUUUUUAGUGAGUGCUAA